AAGAUUCGGGCAAAACGUGAACUUUAGUCCUACGAGUCUUCCUGCUCUGUUUAUAACGUAAAAUAUUGCGAGACAGGUGGUUUCCUGCAGGUGGUUCCCCGAGUCGCCGCGCUGGCUGACGUGCAGGGGGCGCGAGGAGGAGGCGCUGAGCGUUCUGCGGCGGAUCGCCGCCACCAACGGCUCCAGCCUGCCGCCGUUCACCCUGCAGGUGCUGCACCGCGUGGCCAAGGCCAAGCGGGACCGCGUCGGCUACCUGGCCAUCUUCUCCAGCUGGAACCUCUUCAAGAACACCCUCCUGCUCGCCAUAGCCAGGUCCCUGUGCUGGAUGACGAUGUUAGCACUGGUACUGAGCGUGGGCAUCAUCAGCUUGAACCCGCUGGUGGCGGUGUCUGCUCAGGCCAUGGCGCAGGCGGCGUCUGUGCUGCUGCAGCACUACUGCGGGACCCACUUCGGGCGCCGGUGGUCCAGCGUCGCCUGUCUGGCGCUGGUCGGCCUCCUGGGUGCUCUCUGUGUCGUACUGCUCACAGUUGGUAUUCCGAGUGUCGCCAUGGCAGUGGUAGUGAUGGCCAUGCAGUUCUGGUCGUCGGCUGGUGCAGCUGUCAUCAACCUUCAGAGCAUCGAGGUGCACCCCACGUGUCUGCGACAGAUCACCGCCAGCGUAGAGUGCACGGUUGCUGGUGUUUGCAUGUCUCUUGUUCCGUACAUCGUCUUUCAGGGAGGCUCGGUGGACCGUAGGCUGCCGUUCGCCAUCUUGUCAGCGAUUCACCUGCUGGUAGCGCUGUCGGUGUCGUUCCUGCCGGAAACUGCGCUGCAGAGGCUGCCGGAGUCUCUGCAGGACGCCGCCGAGUUUGGCAGAGGGCGUCCCUACUGGAGCUGGAGACUCAUCGCCCCGCCGUCAUACGUUCAGGGACAAUAG